AUGUUUCUUGGGCAGAUCCGAACCUUGGCAAAGCUAGGGCAUCUAGGACAUUUCCCCAUCUCAUUGAACGUCAUCAUUGUCGUUUCAACGAUGGCUGUCACUGCACACAUGCUCCCUAAUUACACGGCUGCCAACCCCGCCUACAUGAUAAACCCAGGUCUCAUACUAACGACUGCAAGUCCACCAGAGGGAGUGGCUUUUCAGGAUCAGGUCGUUGGACUUAUGCAAGCAGUCUACUCGUACGGCGGUGCCAUGUUGUUCGUCGAGUCUAUGUCCGAGAUGAGGCGACCCUUUGACUUCUGUAAGGCAAACGCGUUUGGUUCCACCUCCGGCCUUAUCGCGGCCCUGCUCCGUGGCAACAUCGGCAUUAAAGUCAUUGACACCAACGUACUCAUGGACUUCUUCAAGGUUCCCAGCCUGGGAACGAAGGCGGGCAAAGUGGCCUGGUGCGAAGUCGUGCCUGUGUAUUGGGACAUUGCAUUCGCCAUUGCCUCGGCCGUUGCUUAA